AUCAUUCGGACGUUAAAAAGAACUCAUAACAUUUUUCCUGUUGGCGACAGCUCAUAUUUAGCUGCGAAGUCCUCUUAUUUUUCGAGAUAUUGACGGAUCGUCCGUGUUUAGUGUUCACCUGUUGGGUACAACAGUGAUUGCACGAUAUUUAGACUUUAGUGUUCGUUCCGUUGACUCUUGUUCUGGAGAACGGCUGUUACUGUGUCAUUCAAUCAUGUCUCACAUUCUUCCAGUAUCUCCAGCUGUCGAUUGGCGACGGACAGCCCGGGGCGUCAACAAUCUGCUGAAACAUGUUUUAGCCACUGGAUACAUGGCGGAUGUGCAGUUCGCAGUCGGACGCGAACACGGCACAAUCAAGAUCUUUCAGGCACACAAGUUCAUCCUCAGCUUGAACAGCGACGUGUUUGACGCCAUGUUCAAUGGAGACUUUGCUGAAAGCCGUGAGAAGCCAGUUGAAGUCAUUGAGAUUUUGCCAGAAGCAUUCUCUGUCAUGCUUGGAUACAUGUAUACUGGUUCCGCGCAGGAUAGUUUGCGGAUGGAGAACGUUUUUCAGACUAUUUACUGCGCGGACAAGUACAAUCUGCCUCUUCUUAUGGACGAAUGUCUGCAGUUCGUCGGCCGCCAGCUCACACAGGACAACUGUCUGGCGUCUCUGGAAAAUGUUAAGCAUUUCGGACACGACACCAUUGCUGCAUUCAUCGAAAGAUGCUUGGAGUUUGUCGACAUUUAUACCGAAGCUGUCUUGCAGUCGGAGCAGUUCUGCGCGAUUAGUCAAGAAACACUGAAGAUGAUUUUGGAACGGAAUAAACUGUCGGCGGAUGAGAACAGCAUCUACACGGCCGUGGAAAAAUGGGCUAUCGAAGCAUGCCACCAGAAUAGCUUGAUACCGUCCACCUGCAACCGGCGACAGAUGCUCGGUGCAGCCUUAUUUUGUGUCCGCUUCCCACUCCUCGCUGAUUCUCAGCUGGUUAACGGACCUGCUAAGAGUCAGCUGCUUCUGGAAAGUGAGCUACUAGCGAUCUAUAAAUACAAGCAUGCCGUAGUGAAACCCCCGCUUCCCUUUUCGACUGAGCCGCGGACAGGAUGCCAAUUUCCUGGUUUUCGGUGCAAUGAGCAGGUGUUUGUUAAACGUGAAAAUCGGAGCUGGAUUAUUGGUGAAAUUGGAACUGGUACGACAGUAAAAGUGCGCGGUGGAUCCAUGACCAUUAACUCGCCAGAUCAGCUCGUGCGAGCGGCUGAUAUCCUGAAAAAUGGCAAAGAGAUUUUGGUUGUUUAUAAUGGUUGGUGGAACCAUGCCAAGUAUGUCUCGGGAGCGGCUGAAGGCGGUCGGCACGUCGUUCGCGUCGGAGACCGCAACAUUGAGCGAGCGUACGUAUGCUGUGUUUUACCGUAUCCUACACAGUGUUAUUGCAACAAUCUCCGAAACGAAUCCAAGCCAGAGCGAAACAGAAAAUCGGAGAAAGCACACUGGCCAUGCGGUUAAAGAACGUUUUUGAGCGGAUUCAAAAAGUUAAUUCACAGAUACUCAGUGUUAGCGGUGUUAGCUUUUUCAAGUUCGCUCUGAAAACUAUUGAUCUGUCUAAAUAAUCUCUUCUGUAAUUUUUCGCUGCAUUUUUUACCGACCAGACAUUGAAGUCCUGUUAAACGGGUUGUCUGCUCCUG